AGAACUGGAAAGUCCUCCGCCCCCUUCCCCGUACCAUCAUCAAAUGAAUCCAGUUCCGUGUUCUGUGUCGCUUCCACAACCAUUAGUUAAACCAGCUUAAAUACUACGUUUAUUUAAAUCAAUGCGCAUAAUCAUCAUGGACCAGUGAUAUGAAAAAGGUCUGUACCCAUGAUGUCACGAAGGAAGAAAAUGCCAGGAGCUCUUCAGCAGAACAGUGCAGUUGAACCAUAAAGUGGUUAAAUCUGCAUUCCACUUGAUCCUCACAUCAUCUUUUGUCAUCUGUGACAAUGACAUUACAGAAGAAACAUCUGGUGAAGGAUUUCAACCAUUUCAUAACCUGUUAUGUCUGUAAAGGAUACCUGAUAAAGCCCACCACUGUGACAGAGUGCCUACACACCUUUUGUAAAAGCUGUAUAGUCCAGCAUUUUGAAGACAGCAAUGAGUGCCCAAAAUGUGGUAUCCAGGUUCAUGAAACAAAUCCCCUGGAGAUGUUAAGGCUCGACAACACUUUAGAAGAAAUCAUAUUCAAACUUGUGCCUGGUCUUAGAGAAAAGGAACAGCAGCAAGAAAUUGAAUUCUGGAGAAAAAACAAGUCAAAAGAAAAUAUUGGUGAAGAUGGCCCUUUAUGUAAGAAAGCCAAACUAGAUGAAGAAGAUGAUAAUAUCGGUAAUGGAGACUACCACAGAAGUGAUCCUCAGAUAGCCAUCUGUCUGGACUGCUUGCGAAACAACAGCCAGAUGGGAGAAGCCAUUGUUAAGCUAGAUGUUCUAUGCAAUGGUGAGAUCAUGGGUAAGGACCACACCAUGGAGUUCAUCUACAUGACCCGCUGGAGGCUUCAAGGAGAAAAUGUCUAUCCAAUGGUACUUGAAUAUCGACCACGUAUUGACUUCGGCUAGGUGGAAAUUUCCUGCACUAAUUUCAGCCCUUCAACAGACAGCAAAUUGAAUGAAUGUGUCUAGGUUAGAAGAUGUACUUUUCUGUUUAGGAUCUGACAGUUUUAUACUACAAACUCCUUGUUCUCACCCUCAAAGAAAGACAUGUACUGUUGAAAAAACCUGGUUGUUUACUGCAGAUGUGAACAAAUUGUAAUGUGCCACAAGGAUGCCAAAGUGACACAAUUGUCAUGUUUAAUGGCCUUCAGUCUGCAUAUAAUAAUUGCUCAGUUUCACAUUGCUACAUGAUAGAAAAAUCACAUCUAUGUUUGACAGUGCCUUUUCAUCUACACUUAAGUAAAUUUGCAAGGGGGCAACCCUUUGCUUGACAGGGGUUAUUCGGUGAAACACCUGUCUUGAUAGCUUAUAUUUGUUAGCAAUGGUGAUAUAAAAGUGUCGUGUUUUAACAUUAUGAAAUUAAGUGAUUUAUCUGGGCAAAAGAUUUCAAAAGCUGGAUCUGUUUUUUUAUUAUUUUCAUUGUAAAGGCGUAAUUAAAUGCCUUUUUUAUUUGAAGGUUUUGGUGAGUUUUCCCCAGUCGUGCCUACUUUUAUAAAAUUACAUUAAUAGGUGAAUGUAGUUAAACGCAUUAAGUAAGAGGUUUGUGUUGUGAACCUUUUUUACGGUACAUUUACACAGGGCGAAAGCGAUAAUGCUUGACGAAAGGCAACGUCACAGUGCCCGCAGACAUGCUCCGUUCUUGCAUAAACAUAAUUGGCUGGCUCGCACUAGGUUAUUUGCAUAAGGCGAUCUGAUUGGCUGACCCACACCUUGGCGCUUGAAAAGUUGAGAAAUGUUCAACUUCUGCCGCGAGCAACGGCAGUGACAGGACGUUGAGGGAUCCACAAUUCAGUUUGGCAACGCAUGACGUCACCCAUUAAAAGUGAAUGAGGAGCGUUAACGCUUUCGCCCCAUGUGAAUGUACCGUUAUGGUUGGCAUUUUCUGUCCUGAAUUGAGGUUUUAGUGAGUCAUGUUUGCCUAUGUCAUGUCAAAAUAAAUCCUAAGGCUAGGGGUUUAAAAAUAACUUUAAUUCAAUGUCAAAAAAAAAAUUUAUUUAUUAAAAAGUUCAAUUUUGCAAGGUAGAAAUAACAGAUUUGGUUGACCACAUACAAAAGCAUUCAUUACAGAGUAUAGGUCUGGCAUUUUACACCAAAGACAACCUCUACAACAUCUGACCACACUGGACUAAAAAUUGUUUGUCUUGCCUUACAACCACAAUACUCUGAUGUCAUGUGGUGAAGAUAAAGCUUGAAUUUUUGUACAUGGAAAACUACCUAAUCUAUCAAACAACGAGUACAGAAGGACAAUAAUUGUGAUUUUUGUCUUUGUGAAUGUUUUUAAAAAUGUUUCUGUAAAUGCUUUUGAAUUUUGACAGAAUCCUACAUUUGAUGGAAGCCUGUUUAGAUCUCAACUGGGUUCCUUCAAAAUUUAUAUUGCACUUGUGUUUGCAAAAAGCUUAAUAUUUUAGAGAUUAAAACAUUGUUUUAUGUGGUAGAUUAACAAUUGAUGUUAUGAAUAGACCCUGCCGUCGCAAUGAUCAACAUGUAUUUUUGUAAGAGGCCCUUGUAUAUUUUUGAAAAUAUAAAUAUAUGUUAUGUAAAAAAUGUAAAAUGCUGCUUAGAAUAUUUUUAUUCUGUUAUGUUAGGUCCCUGAGGUGAUUCCUGUAGAGAUUAGACUUGUAUAUAACAUAUGCAAGGUAUUGUAUUUGUGUAUUUGUUCAGAAGAAUAAUACCGUUAUGAAUAUUGAUAUUAUUGGUUUCUGUUCCUACAAUUUUUAUAGAUUUUGUCUCCUGACUUGCAGCGGACGACUCCGAGACAGAGCUGCACCGGAUUCGCUGACUUUGGUGCAGAUCCGGUGCGGAGUUUUCCACUGUUUAUUAUGAGACAAAUAAGAAAUAAUCAACUGUUUAUUGUUUUACAUUUGUCACACUCAAAAAGUAUUUCAUAUAACAAACAAAAUUGCUAAAAAUUUAAAUGUUUAUCCUCUAACAUCUGUCAUUUGUUGGCCAAAACAGAUCAUCUUCCCCUAAACUCUCACCAGGUUAAGUUAAAGCUGUUCUGUGCAAUGUGUGAAUGGCACCACAGUGUUUAAAGGUGCCUAAGAGUUCAUUGAAAUAAUAUGUUAAAUUGUUAUUUGAUACUUACAUAGAAGGUAUGAAACUUUAUUAAGUGCAAAAAAUCCAGAAAAGUUUUUACAUGUCCAUUUACAACCCUAGGAUUUGUCCUUUGAAUGAAAUGAACUAUUUUUUGCCCUAUUUGAAAAGGUCUUGAAUAAUAAUGUUGAGCUCUG